AUGAGUCCCGAGGCCAACCUGGACUCGAUCGCCUCGAGUGUAGUCGGACAAAGUCCGUUGGGCAUUAUUCCCAGUCUGGAUAGGAUCGAACGUCGGCACCGAAUCCGUGCGAAAAGAGUAAAUUUUUUCACCAAGGUCACCGUGAUCGGAUCGCAUGGACACCCGGCGCCAACAUCCGGCCCGUCAGCUCCCGUUGGUAGUGCGGGCACUCAUCCUGCUGCACUCCCACCCCAUCCUUCUCCAUCCCGAUCGUAUGGAUCCACGAUUCCCGGUUCUCUCCCGCCCGCUUCCUCAUCUCUGAACGGAGAUCGUCCGGAUCAGUCCGCUAUACCGUCCAACUAUGCUAGCCUUGAACGACCAGCCCAAACCGAUGCGUUAUUGAUUGCUGCCCUGGUCAACUCAGCAGUGAAUUUGCUCUCUCUCUCACUCGUGACGUUCAUGUGUGAUGCGAGUGACUUAUGGCUCGCUAGAUCCGAUGCAACCGAGCGAGCAGGUUCUUUGUUCCGUUCAAGCCACCAUUCGUGA